UCAAAGUUUUCUCAGCCUAUGUAUCAAAUUCUUCAAAAAAGGACUUGUGCUUGCUCACCCUCACCCGCACCCGGAGGAGUAAACCCAUUACUCUCAAAGCUUGUGAAAGGACUGUUCGAGAGCUCCAACGAGGAAACAACACGAACAAAGAUAGAGUGAAAGAAAAGGGAAGGGAAUUGAGGCAUGAAUCGGGGUGUUUUGCAGAGUUCACCGGUGCAACAAAUGAUGGCCGGAAGCCCUAACUGGUGGAGCAUUAAUAACAUGCGCCCACCACCUCAACAACCCUCUCCUCUCCUGCCUUCUCCUUCCUCUUUCUUUCCUCAGUAUACACCUCCACCUUCCUCACUUCCUGUAACAUAUUGGAAUGAUAACCAAGAUCUUCCAGAGUCUUGGAGCCAACUGCUACUGGGUGGAUUGGUAGGCGAAGAAGAUAGGGCUGGUCUGAAUCAUUUUCAUCACGCUAAGAAGAUGGAAAAUUGGGAGGACCAAUUAUUGUAUACAUCACAAAACGUUCCUGUUGUUGAUGUUAAACAAGAGGUCUCGGAAAAUGGUUACGUUUAUGGUCAUGGAAAUGAAGAAUUUCAGGCAGCGAGAUCUUCUUCUUGGUCUCAAAUCAUGCCAGCUUCCUCUCCGAGGUCGUGCAUCACUAGUUUCAGCAGUAACAUGUUGGAUUUCUCUAACAACAAGUCAGAUGGAAGGCAUCAAAAACCAGAUCACUCGUCUGAGUGUAACAGCACGGCCACCGGUGGUGUAUUUAAGAAGGCUAGAGUUCAACCUCCUUCAACCCAACCUACUUUUAAGGUGAGGAAGGAGAAACUAGGUGACAGAAUAACAGCCCUCCACCAGCUAGUUUCCCCAUUUGGGAAGACUGACACGGCUUCUGUCCUGUUAGAAGCUAUUGGGUACAUUAGAUUCCUUCAGAGUCAAAUUGAGGCUCUCAGCUCCCCGUACUUGGGCACUGGAUCAGGAAACAAGGGGCAACAACAGUCUGUUCAAGGGGAGAGGAAUUGUAUAUUUCCUGAAGACCCUGGUCAGUUGUUGAACGAUAACUGCAUAAAAAGAAGAGGAGCUCCUGAGCAGGAUUCUGAAGAUGAGCCCAAGAAAGAUCUGAGGAGUAGAGGGUUGUGCCUGGUUCCAAUUUCUUUCACAGUGCAUGUUGGGAGUGACAAUGGAGCGGAUUACUGGGCUCCAUCUCUUGGCGGGGGAUUCCGAUAGAUAGGAAGUGUUGGUUCUCAACACACUAAAGAUUCAUGAAAUGAUAUAACAUCAUGAGCAGUCACUCUGCUAAAAUUAAGGCUGAUUGCUCAUGAUGCUAUGCAUUCUAGAUUGGAAAUGAGUGUGUUAUAUCUAAUAGGGUCUCCCUAGCUUUUCCCUAUACUCAUUAUAUGAGAUAAGCUAGCUUAGCUUUGUUCUUUUUCUGUUCUUAAUCUUCUCCUUCUGUGCUUUUCUGUAUAUGCAAUUCUAGCUAUAGUAGUAUGGCUAUCGUCUAUUUUAAGUUUUGGGUCCAUUUUCUUUGAAAAAAAAAAAUCGCCGUGGGCCAAAAGGGAGGACCGGAGGUGGGUGAUUUUAUAUAUAUUUCACUUUAAUUAAUGCCUUC